UAUAUUCAAGCAUUCCAAGCUAGAGUAGUCUUGUGAGGAGAAGAGCAUUUCCAUUUCUUCUUCCUACCUCUCUUCUUCUUCUUCUUCCUCUCUCUCUCUCCAUCUCUGACUGAGAAAUCUUCAAGCUAAGCUGGUCAUCUGCUAUAGUAGAGCCAUGGAGAAUGGCUUGAGACAAAGGUUUUUGAAUGGUUCAGAGGAAGAGAAACCGGAGGAGAAUCUCAAAGUAAAAGUUUACGACGAAUCGAAGAAGAUAUGGAGGGUUGCAUUGCCCGGUAUACUAUCCAGAGUGGCUUCGUUCGGAAGCAUUGUGGUCACGCAAUCUUUCGUUGGACACAUUAGUGAACUAGACCUUGCCGGCUACGCCCUCGUCCAAACCCUAACCGUCCGGUUUGUCAAUGGCAUCUUGAUAGGAAUGUCGAGUGCAACUGAAACCCUAUGCGGGCAAGCAUAUGGAGCGGGACAGUAUCAUAUGAUGGGCGUUUACUUGCAAAGGUCAUGGAUUGUCGACUUUAUCACGCUAACUGUAUUGCUUCCCUUUUUCAUCUUUGCAACCCCGAUCUUUAGACUUCUUGGGGAAGAAAGCUCCAUUGCGACCUCGGCCGGAUAUGUCUCCUACUGGUUCAUCCCGUUCAUCUACAACUUCGUGUUUAGCUUGACCAUACAGAUGUUUCUGCAAGCGCAGCAAAAGAACCGGAUCAUUGCGUGGCUGUCGGUGAUGCAGUUCAUUAUACACAUACCGCUGUCUUGGCUGUUAGUGUACAAACUCGACUAUGGUGUCCCGGGUGCAAUGAUAGCCCUCAGUAUAUCUUCCUGGCUCGUUGUGAUCGGCGAGUUUAUCUACAUUUUGGGCGGUUGGUGCCCCGAGACUUGGAAAGGGUUCUCGAUGGCUGCCUUCAAGGACAUUUUCCCUGUCGUGAAGCUCUCCAUUUCGUCGGGAAUUAUGGUUUGUUUAGAGCUGUGGUACAAUGCGGUUCUAGUCUUGCUAGCAGGGUAUAUGAAGAAUGCCGAGGUUGCCAUAUCUGCCUUCUCUAUCUGUCUUAAUAUCAACGGAUGGGAAUUUAUGAUAAGCCUUGGCUUCCUCGGUGCUGCUUGUGUACGAAUUGCAAAUGAACUUGGGAGAGGAGAUGCUAAAGCGGCGAGAUUCUCUAUUAAAGUCCUCGUGUCCACUUCGCUUAUAAUCGGAGUAGUCUUCUUUGUUCUAUGCUUGGUAUUUGGCAGUAAAAUUGGGUACUUAUUUACCAACGAGCAGGAGGUGGCGGAUAGCGUGGCAGACCUUUCACUUCUGCUCUCGUUCUCUGUAUUGCUCAACAGCAUCUAUCCCGUGCUCUCAGGUGUGGCAGUCGGGGCAGGUUUGCAGAGUACGGUUGCCAUUAUAAACCUGUGUUGCUUCUAUCUAAUCGGAAUCCCUAUCGGGGCUUUGCUUGGAUACGUAGCUCACCUUCAAGUCAAGGGCAUAUGGAUUGGAAUGAUAUGUGGGGUGGUCACUCAGUCAGCCGCAUUAUGCUACAUGACAUGGAGAACGGACUGGGACGAAGAGGUGUUCAAGGCGCAACAGCGGCUCAAGCGCUGGUACAUGAAAUCUUCUGAAGUUACCCACCAGAAUCCGAGUUAGUUUAAGGUUUUUUGGAGUUCAUGAAUAAGAUGCAGGAGAAGAAUUUCAUUAGAUUUUUUAGUAUUUUUGCUUUGGGUUUUGGGUGUCCUGUAUGGUGGCUUGGCUUGGGAGGAACUUGCUUAAUUUAUCUAACUACUAUGUUGUUUCAUAGAUAAGGCAGUGUCGAACAUUUGAUUUCCAUUCUUGAUUUUUGUCUACCAGUCUUGGGCUAUAUUGGUAAUUUGUUAUCAUCAUCCAUUUAAAGGUAGUUUAA